AUGACUAAACUAUCCAUCGAACAAGAACCUAGAAGUUAUUAUGAGGCAGUUAAAGAUAAAAGGUGGAUUGAGGCUAUGCAAAGUGAAAUAACAGCCUUAGAAGAAAACCAUAAUUGGGAAGUUGCACCACUGCCUAUGGUGAAGAAGGACAUAGGGUGCAAGUGGGUGUAUAAAAUCGAGUAUAAUGCUAAUGGUGAGGUUGAUAGGUUUAAAGCUAGAUUGGUUGCAAAGGGAUACAAUCAAAAGGAAGGGUUAGAUUAUCAAAGAAAUUUUUCACCUGUGGUGAAAAUGGUCACUGUCAAAGUUGUUAUUUCUCUGGCUGCUAUUCAAGGAUAG